AUGGCCAACGACGAAUAUGAUGUGAUGGUGUUAAUCGGAGACUCGGGUGUCGGUAAAUCCAACCUGCUGAGUCGAUUCACCCGCAACGAGUUCAACCUGGACUCCAAGUCCACCAUCGGUGUGGAGUUUGCGACCCGCUCGAUCCAGGUCGACUCCAAGACCAUCAAGGCACAGAUCUGGGAUACUGCCGGCCAGGAACGCUACCGUGCCAUUACCUCUGCCUACUACCGUGGCGCUGUCGGUGCCCUCCUUGUCUACGAUAUUAGCAAGCACCAGACCUACGAAAAUGUCAACCGGUGGUUGAAGGAGCUGCGGGACCACGCCGAUUCCAACAUCGUCAUUAUGUUGGUCGGUAACAAGAGCGAUUUGCGACACCUGCGUGCGGUCCCCACCGAGGAGGCCAAGCAGUUUGCCAGCGACAACAACCUCUCUUUCAUCGAAACUUCCGCCCUUGACGCCAGCAACGUCGAACUUGCCUUCCAGAACAUCCUCACAGAAAUCUACCGCAUCGUUUCCAGCAAGGCUCUCGACUCCGGCGAAUCGAGCACGAACCCUCCUGUGGGCCGCACCAUCGACUUCACCCCGCAGCCCAACGAGCAGAAGCAAGGCUGCUGCUAA